AUGGUGCCUCCGACCAACUUCCGCACUUACGAGGCGCAGGCCCGCCUGCUCGCCGCCGUCGUUGCCUCCACAGGAUGCAGGCUGGAUUUCAAGGCUAUUGCGGAUCACAUCGGCAGCCAGGCGACACCUUCCUCUGUCGACCACCGGCUUCGUCCCAUCAAGCAGCUGGCCAAGCUUCAGGCGCAGUGGCUCAAAGGCGGCAAGGAUCCAUCGGAUCUGCCUACAGAUGCCAAGGAGAUCCAGAAGCUCUUUGGCGAGUCGACCCCGGGCAGCUUGGAUUUCCACUUCCGCGAGGUCAAAGCCACGGGAAAGGCUCAGCAGGAGGCAGUGAAGAAGGGCUUGGACCCUUCCAAGGUCACGAUUGGGACCGCCCAUCGCUACGAUCGAGAAGCGAAGGCCCAGAAGCGACGCGGCUCCGCUCCGACGACUCCUGCUGCCCGUAGGAUCAAGGACGUCGGCUCUGCCAAGAGGGCCCCCGCCACAACGGGCGGCCGAGCCAGCAAGAAGGCGCGCUUGGUAGAGUUGGAUGAUGACGACGAGGACUCCCCGGAUGUCGACUACGACCACAUGGACGUCACCACCCCGUCGGCCAGGCCUAAGCCCCGAGAGACUCCCAACGCAGCGUAUCAGGUUAACAACAGUGCGUCCAACUCCGAGGACGAUGCUCCGGCCUCUCCUUCCCGCGCUCGCGGUCGUCAUUACACCCCCCAAAGCUUCACCAAUGGCGGCCAUACAAAUGACUACUCGGUGGCCGAUGCCCCCGACCCGGCGACCUUCGGUAUGGGCGCUGAUGGCAUGGGCGCGUACUCGACCAACACCAGCUUUAGCAACUCUGCAAAGGCAGCUCCCGCUGCUCGACCGGGCAGCAACAUGAAUCCCAACACUGCCGCCGCCGACCAUGACGAUGAUGACGACGAUCUUAUGGAGAUCAACGCCUCCCAGUUUUCGGCGAGCAGCAGCAUGCGUGUCAACCCCGCUCAACCUCGAUCGGUGGCCAUUAAGAAGGAUCCGUUCGAGAGUACGUCGACAGAGGGCUAUUUCGACCUCACGUACCAGAACGAGAAUGCCGACCUCUCAGAAGGCGAGGUCUGA